AUGGCUUCGAACACCCUUGCUGAUGGUGGAGAUGAUGCACCUAAUUACCAAUUACAUGGUGUUGAACAAGUCUCUCCAAACACUGGAACAAAGAGAUAUAUUCCAGAUUCACCCUCUUCGUUGACGCCAGCAGAGGGAAUGUUAUUCGACACAGUUGAUGACGCGUAUAACUUUUAUAAAACUUACGCAGAAGCGGGAGGUUGGAUUGAGGGUCAAAAAGACUUUCGACCGGUCGAUACCUUAGUCGAACAGCCGUCUGAUAGGUGGGUAUGUAGGGUACCAUCCAAAAGGACCGGAUGCCAAGCUGCGAUCAGAAUAAAGCUUACCGAUGCUAAGAAGUAUUUGCUGUAUCAUUUUAUAGAGGCGCACAACCAUGAUUUUGUGCAUCAAGAAGAUUUACAUCUUCUCAAGGAAAACAGGGGUAUUAAUCGUGCUCACGAAGAGAUGAUAAACAAGAUGUCACAUCUCAACAUUGGUCCUGUUCGUGCAUUUAACAUUAUGAAGGAAGUGUAUGGUGGGUUCGACAAAGUCGGUGCGACCAAAGUCGAUUUUAAAAAUUUCAAGAAAGAAUUAAAUCUUUUUAUCGGAGAAUUUGAUGCGGAAGCGACUGAUGAGGAAAAAGGAGUUUUUACCGAACUUCUCUUGUAUAACAUGAUGUUUGUCCCUUUCACUGGGAUUGAUAAUCAUAGUAGGAACGUGACACUUGGUGCUGUAAUUCUUGGUUCUGAAACGGCAGAGACGUAUAGCUGGUUACUUAGGGCGAUCAAGAACGCAUAUGGGUACGCGCCUCCCGUAAUCGUUACUGACCAGGACGCUGCGAUGAAAAAGGCUAUAGCGGAUGUUUGGCCUGAGUCGAGGCAUCGUAUAGUCGGGGCUGCCCUAUGUUCAAAUACAGAUUUUAGGAAAAGAUUGUCUGCAGUUGUUUGGACUGAUUCUCUAUUGCCCGAAGUGUUUGAGGCUGAAUGGGCAGCUAUUAUUCAUGAUUUCGGUUUAACCGACCAUGAAUGGCUGACGUAUAUAUACGGGCUACGUGAAUCAACCAGCUUACUAUCGCGAAGAAGAAAUGUCUGGUCUUAUGCGGACAUCAUCUAG